AUGAACACAGCAGCCACCAGCCACGCAUCUCGCACCUUCCGGCGCUGUCCGCUCUGUGUCCACCAGCGCCAGGGCGCCCGAGCUGCAGCUUACGCCCCCAGCCGCAUUUCCGCCUACGCUGAGCCGGUGGGAAGAGCUUCCCCAGGGUGCGGCCGGGUCCUGCGUGGCCCCACACUUUCCCGCCCGGUGCUCUCUGUCCCGCCGUCGUCAGUCCCGGCGCCCUGGUGCGUCACUGAAGGGUCACGCUCAGGGUGUCAUCUGCGCAGGAACCCCAGGCGGCCUCCAAGGCCGGGGCUGCGUCUCCCCGAUCAGGGGAAACUGAGGCCCGGGGCAGAGAGAGCCGGCCGGAGGUCAGCGCCGGAGCGCAGGUCCGUCCCAUUCUGCCGGGGUUCGCGUGUCCUCGGGAAAGAUACCGUCGGGCCUCGCGAGCUCUGCGGGUCUCCUGCAGAAGAUGGAAACUCUCCCUGGGACGGCUUCGCUGGUUCUGCACCGACCAGCGCCCCCUUGUCGCCUGCGGGACGCCUGCAGGACCCUGAUCCACACUCCCUGCUGGGCUCCCACUGUCCAGGGGGUGAGGAUGUCCCCUGGGAGUAUGUUGUGACUGCUGCUCCAUGUGUGAGAGGUGUCCUCAGGAAGAGCAUGGAUUGUGAGGUCCCGGGUGAGUGAUAUCCCACCUGCUUCUAUGGAGCUCAAGUUCUCUGCAGGCUUCAAGGCCAGAGGUGUUUAGGCACUGUUGAGUGGGGAGUGAGAACACAGGUGAAGGCUGCUUCCCUCUGCUCCUGGCUUUGCCCCCUGGCACUGGCAGACACAGGUAAGGGCCUUCUGCCUUUGCAGGGCUGCUGCAGGGAAGUGCUUCCAGAGCUUGAUUUGGGCUCCAAGAGUCCCUGAGAAAGGCUGCUGUGAUGUUGAGAGGAAAACAGCAGUGUAUGGGAAUGGACAGAGGACUGCAUAUUAGAGUCAAACCUAGAUAAGUAUCCAGUGUCCAGCUGAGUAGCCUUCUAUGAGCCUCAGUGUCAGAUAUUCAAUACUGCUACCACUCAAACCAAAUCUUUUAGAGCUCAAGGGUUCUCAGCAUUUCUGCCAAUGUUCACCUUCCCUUCAGCUCUUGGCAGGGAGUGGUAGGUGAUCUCUGUGAAAAUCAGAGGCAGCUUCU